CGGAGUUAGGGAUUUGGGGGAAAGAAGAGGAACUUCAAGAUUGGGUGCCAAAGGCUGAGAAGGUUGGUGGGGAUUUGAGGGGGGUGCUUAGCCUACAUUACAUGUCGUGAGGCCAAUGGAGCAAGGAAUGUACUCAAGCAGGAGCCAAAAGAAGAAGAUGCACCAUACAUUACUAGUUAUGGAAUCGAAGAAGACAUGAAAGAGGUCGGAGCACCUUACAUAACUCAGUAUGGUACAAAAGAAGGCAAAGUGGAACAGGUCGAAGCUCCUUACAUAACUCAGUAUGGUACAGAAGAAGGCAAAGUGGAAGUGGUCGAAGCUCCUUACAUAACCGGGUACAUUUCUGCGGAAGGCAACACCAAGGAAGUAGAGACGCCAUACAUAACAGGAUAUAUUUCCGCACAAGACAAGAAGGGCACAAAGGAAGUGGAGGCGCCUUACAUCACUGGAUACAUUUCCAAACGAGACACCAAGAGCACAAAAGAUGUAGAGGCACCUUACAUAACACAAUAUCAAAACAAAGAGGCUUCCUACAAUACCCAGUAUGGAACGAAAGAAGGAAAGAAUAAGGUAGAGGAGCCUUACCUAACUGGUUACAAGACCACAAGGGAGUCGAAAGAGGUAGAAGCGCCUUACGUAACAGGGUACAUUUCCGCACAAGGCACAAAGCUCAAGAAGGAGGUAGAGGCGCCUUACAUAACCGGAUACAUUUCCGCACAAGGCAGCAAGCUCAAGAAAGAGGUAGAGGCACCUUACAUAACCGGAUACAUUUCUACACAAGGCACAAAUGGCAAGGAGGUAGAGGCGCCUUACAUAACUGGAUACAUUUCCGCACAAGGCACAAAGCUCAAGAAGGAGGUAGAGGCGCCUUACAUCACCGGAUACAUUUCCGCACAAGGAACAAAGGGCAAGAAAGAGGUAGAGGCGCCUUAUAUAACCGGAUACAUUUCCGCACAAGGCAGCAAGCUCAAGAAAGAGGUAGAGGCACCUUACAUAACCGGAUACAUUUCUGCACAAGGCACAAAUGGCAAGGAGGUAGAGGCGCCUUACAUAACUGGAUACAUUUCCGCACAAGGCACAAAGCUCAAGAAUGAGGUAGAGGCGCCUUACAUCACCGGAUACAUUUCCGCACAAGGAACAAAGGGCAAGAAAGAGGUAGAGGCGCCUUAUAUAACUGGAUAUAUUUCCGCACAAGGCACAAAGGGCAAGAAGGAAGUAGAGGCGCCUUAUAUAACCGGAUAUAUUUCUGCACAAGGCGCGAAAAACUGCGAACAUCAGAAGCAUGCACAUCCACCUUCCCAAAAUGGAGCAAAGGAUGUGGUUUCGGGUAAGGAGUUACCUAUGGAACAUCAACAUCAUGAUCAUAUGCAUGCACAUUCAUCAUCCUCCCUGGAUCAUACUGAGGCACUCAAGCAAGGAUUUUUUACUUUUGAGGAUUUCUACAAAGGGAAUGCACUGCCACUCAACUUCCCCAAACAAGACCAUUCUCGUUUCUUGCCUAAAGCAACAGCCGAUUCUAUUCCAUUUUCAACAUCACAGCUCCCACACCUUCUCCAACUCUUCUCAACCCCACGCGACUCUCGUGAUGCAAAACACAUGGCCUGGACACUCGACCAGUGCGAACUGAAACCCAUUAAGGGGGAGACGAAGUUCUGUGCUACUUCUCUAGAAUCCAUGAUAGAUUUUGUUCAAAAAAUCAUUGGUUCAGGGGUCAACUUCAAUAUUCUCUCUACCACCCACCCAGAAACCUCAACUGCCAUCACACAAAAGUACACUAUCUUGGAUGAGCCCAAACAAGUCUUAGCUUCCAAAAUGGUCUUUUGCCACCCGGUCCCUUAUCCUUAUGCUGUUUUCUUCUGCCACCACUUUGAGAACGAUACCAAGUUCUUCAAGGUUUCACUGGGAGGCGAGAACGGAGAUAAGGUGGAAGCCGUAGCUGUUUGCCACAUGGACACUUCUGAUUGGGACCCUAACCACAGUUUGUUUAGCUUAUUGGGAAUCAAGGCUGGUGCUUCUUCACCAGUGUGCCAUUUCUUCCCUGGAAAUCAUCUAGUUUGGAUUCCAUCAUCACCAACAACAGCUACCUUUUAAGCAGGUGGUAAUUGCGCGCCUUGAUCACCAGUCCUAGUUGUGUGUCUCGUAUCAUCUCCGUGUCGAAUAAUGAUUACUCACCAUGCAUGUUCUGGUAAUGUAAUCAAUUAGAAUUCUGGUUUAGUGUUUUCAAUUAUUAGUAGAUCUUGCUUUGGAUUUGCUGUUUGUAAGAGAUCGAGUACUGUUGUGUGUAAAAUGACCUCAAGUACCUCGGCGUAGUCGUCUUUAUGUACAAAGAAGUUGGAGCUUGUAAUGAUUUCA